CGCCCGAGCUCGCCCGCUGCUCGCCGGCGCCUGGAAGGAGGCGAGAAUUCGAACGCUUCCGCGGUUGAGUCCUAGUCGCAAGUUGCCUAACAUUGCGGCUGGCUUUCGUAAUACAGACGCGUCGUUUCUUUUUAGUACUCCUGAAGACACAGAAUAGCCGUCAAGCUGGCGGAAGCAAUGGUUCACAUAAAGAAAGGCGAGCUAACCCAGGAGGAAAAGGAGCUGCUGGAAGUCAUCGGAAAAGGUACUGUCCAAGAAGCUGGAACAUUGUUAGCCAGCAAGAAUGUUCGUGUCAACUGCUUGGAUGAGAAUGGAAUGACUCCUCUAAUGCAUGCUGCAUAUAAAGGAAAACUUGAUAUGUGCAAAUUACUUUUACGGCAUGGAGCUGAUGUCAAUUGUCAUCAGCAUGAACAUGGAUACACAGCCCUCAUGUUUGCUGCGCUUUCUGGUAAUAAAGACAUCACGUGGGUAAUGCUGGAAGCUGGUGCCGAAACAGAUGUUGUCAACUCUGUCGGAAGAACAGCAGCUCAGAUGGCAGCCUUUGUGGGUCAACAUGAUUGUGUGACUAUAAUCAACAAUUUCUUUCCUCGAGAGAAACUGGAUUAUUACACUAAGCCCCAGGGACUGGAUAAAGAACCGAAACUGCCCCCAAAGUUGGCAGGCCCACUGCACAAAAUCAUCACUACAACAAAUCUUCAUCCUGUCAAGAUUGUGAUGCUUAUAAAUGAGAAUCCUCUUCUGGCAGAAGAAGCAGCUCUGAAUAAGUGCUACAAGGUGAUGGAUUUGAUUUGUGAGAAAUGUAUGAAGCAAAGAGACAUGAAUGAAGUACUGGCUAUGAAAAUGCAUUACAUCAGCUGUAUCUUUCAGAAAUGUAUUAACUUCUUAAAAGACAGAGAGAAUAAAUUGGACACUCUGAUCAAAAGCUUGUUAAAAGGCCGAGCUUCUGAUGGCUUUCCAGUAUAUCAAGAAAAGAUCAUUCGAGAAAGUAUCAGAAAAUUUCCUUAUUGUGAAGCUACUCUCCUCCAGCAGCUGGUGCGAAGCAUUGCUCCUGUCGAAAUCGGUUCUGAUCCCACUGCAUUUUCUGUGCUCACCCAGGCCAUCACUGGUCAAGUGGGUUUUGUGGAUGUUGAAUUUUGCACCACCUGUGGAGAAAAAGGAGCAAGUAAGAGAUGCUCAAUGUGCAGAAUGGUAAUAUACUGUGAUCAGACCUGCCAGAAAACACACUGGUUUGCACAUAAGAAAAUCUGUAAGAAUCUCAAGGACAUUUAUGAGAAGCAACAGUUGGAGGCUGCCAAGGCAAAGAGUGAAGAGGAGAACACAGAUAGCAAACUUGAUGUCAAUUCUAAUUGUGUUGGUGAAGAGCAGCUGGAGGAGGCUGAAACGACAGUCUGCCAAGAGGACGGCAAUCCUAAGAGUUCUGAGGAAGGCGAGAAAGAAUCCCUGCAGAGUGAUGCUGGGCUGGAAGGCUUACCCGAGGCUGCUGCAGGUCCGCAGGUGUCUGAGGAGUAAGGGCCAGAGCAAGUGUCUGAGCAAGCGCGGACAGUCCUUACCUGGCAGGUAGCUGGGAACUCACAUGAUUGCGUCCUCCUUGGCUCCACACCUGCCUGGCACUGUGGCGGGAUUCCACAUUUCACAGAACACGUGCUUUCCAACAAGACCCUGUCCACCACGCCCUGACUUCGUACUGAUUCUGUUCUAUAAUAGGACAGAUAUUCCUAGAGAGAAAAACUUUUUUUUUUUCAAAAUGCAGGAGAAACAUUUCUAUUCCCUUUCUGAGGCAGGCUUCCCAGCAGUUGUUCUCAAAGGAAAAUAAAUUUCCUUUUAAAAAAGAAAUAUAUGUUCUUGGGAACAAAGAGGCAAGCAGAACAGUUGUAGGAGAGGAGAUUUUCAGGAAAAGAAAGAUUGUAUAGCCAUAGAGAUGGGUAGUUAAAAGAAUCAUAACUUAUAUGUAAAUAAAAUGCUUUGUAUAAAUAGCAUUUAUGGUAAAGUGCUACUUAUUAAGAUGCAAUGAAAUGAAGAAAAGCCACAUGUGAAAGGAGCUCUGACAGUUCAGCUAAUGGUGGUUUUCUGUAGAAUUUAUCCUGAGCAGACUGAACUUUAUGUAGUUCCUGCAGUGACAUUUUAUCUACAGUAUUUGUACCUUCAGAAAUGUCAAAUCCCCCAGGAGGAACUAAGGUAUAGCCACAGUUAUCUCAGCAUGUGCAUUAAAAAAAGAUGUUUGAUGAAACUGUUGGUUAAACAAAGGCUGAACAUACUGUGUCCACAGUUACUAUAAAGCUGAUUCAUGUGCCAUUUUCCACUUGAAAGGCUGUGACCUUCCUGUAAGCUUUUCAUGAGGUUCUUCUUGUCCACAAACUGAUUUAUAACUGUCAUUUGUAGGCUGUGCUGGCAUCAGUUUUUAGUGUCUGCGUAUUUAAAUUGAGCUAGAGUGAGAUUUGAAGAUAGUGCUGUGUUUCAAAGUUCCCGUGUGUUGACUGUAAAAUAAAUUGUGCCUACUAAUAGAGCCAAUUUAAAUCUUUUUUCAUAGUUUAUUGCUGUCAGGGGGUGACAAUGGUAAAGAAAUAUUAGAGAACUUAAAACAUUUUAGGAAACAACAAAUACUGGAGAAUGCAGUAAUAAUUAUUUUCAUAUUUACAAUUGUAAAUCAGAAUGACAAGAACUCUCACCUCACUUCACUGAUCAGAUUCUUCUGUCUUGCUGCUUUUUCUCUUCCUUUCACUCGGUUACUGUUCUCCCAGCCCCAACACGUACAUCUUCUGUACACCUUGUAGCGUGCUGCUGUAGGAAGACUUCUUGUGAGUAAAUCACUGUUUAGGGUUAAGUGCGUAGGAACUCAACAGGCAGAUUUUUCCUGCACUUGUGAAUCAUGACAAGCCCCCCUUCUCCAUUGAAAUCCCUCAAUCUACACACACUGAUAAACAUUUAUCUUUGACUAGAAAAAUGGCCCUCCCAGGCCUUCCUCUUCCACAAGUAAAUUUUUAACCCGAGUUCACUGAUUUUAAUUACUUUUUGGGUAUGUGGUAUCAUCAUGGUCCCUGUUUUUGGAUAGCAUGAAAGGUUAUGAAAAAGCCGAAGGGAGUAGGAGAAUCGAGAUGUGGCAACAUAGAGGUACUUUUCUCUUUAUUGAAAUGAAUGCUAAUGUGAGUCAGAACUCCAACACAACUACAGCAGGCAUUAGCAGUAACUUUCCAGUUGGACAAAGAGGACUUCAGAUAUAAGCCAUGUCAGUAUCAAAAGUUCUAUAGACAUAUUUCAGGGAAGGGUUGGUCAGAAAAUGGAGUUUUAGAAAAAUGAGGUUGCUUCUGAUGGUAUUCUUUGUCAUCAAUAA